GUACGUGUCUGAGGGGGAGGCGGCGGUGGCGGCGCGGCCGGAGCGGAGCAGCCGCGGGCAGCGCGAUCGGCUCCAGCUCCAGCGCCGGGGCGCUUCGAAUCGGAGUCCGGACGGCCCGGGUUUUAUCGGGAGCGGGUUUUAAAGAGCCUCUCGUCCCUCUCCCUCGGCGGACGGGGCACCAUGUCCGAAGCGGAGCAGCAGCUGGCGGCCGGCGCCACCCAGAACGGGCACGAAGCGGCCGAGAACGCCGGGGAGCAGCAGGCCGAGAGCGGCGCGGCCCCGGCGGCGGCGGCGGGGGCCGCGGGAGCGGCAUCAGCGGCGGCGGCGGCGGCGGGAGCCGGGCCGACGGCGGGCACGGCCGCCAGCCAGAACGGGGCCGAGGGCGACCAGAUCAACGCCAGCAAGAACGAGGAGGACGCAGGGAAGAUGUUUGUUGGUGGCCUCAGUUGGGAUACGAGCAAAAAAGACUUGAAAGAUUACUUCACCAAAUUUGGUGAGGUAACCGACUGCACGAUAAAGAUGGACCCCAACACAGGAAGAUCCAGGGGCUUUGGAUUUAUUCUCUUCAAAGAACCUGGGAGUGUUGAAAAGGUUCUGGAACAGAAAGAACACAGACUAGAUGGCCGACUAAUUGAUCCCAAGAAGGCCAUGGCAAUGAAAAAGGAUCCAGUGAAGAAAAUAUUUGUUGGUGGACUAAACCCAGAAGCGACAGAAGAGAAAAUCAGGGAAUACUUUGGAGAGUUUGGAGAGAUUGAAGCGAUUGAACUUCCAAUGGAUCCAAAGACCAACAAAAGGAGGGGAUUUGUGUUCAUCACUUUCAAGGAAGAGGAUCCAGUGAAGAAGGUUUUGGAGAAGAAAUUCCACAACGUCAGUGGAAGCAAGUGCGAGAUUAAGGUAGCACAGCCAAAAGAAGUGUACCAGCAGCAACAGUUCAGCAGCGGCGGAGGAAGAGGUAGCUAUGGAGGAAGAGGCAGAGGUGGAAGAGGCGGCGCUCAAAGUCAAAAUUGGAAUCAAGGUUAUGGCAAUUACUGGAACCAGGGUUAUGGGAAUCAAGGAUACGGCUAUCAGCAAGGUUAUGGUGGCUAUGGAGGCUAUGAUUAUUCAGGAUAUGGGUAUUAUGGAUAUGGACCAGGCUAUGAUUACAGUCAAGGCAGUGCAAAUUAUGGGAAGACACCAAGACGUGGUGGUCAUCAGAAUAACUACAAGCCAUAUUGAUCAAACUUAUUCAGGCCUGGCAGUGGUCACAGUUGAUGCCUACAAGCACUGGAUAUUCCACAAGUUGAAGACGGAAUACUGACUUGUUUACCUGAAGAUAGGACUUCGGGGUAUUUCCUCAGAGAAAAUAUAAAUUUUAAUAUAAUUUCAUAAGCUUUGGAGGUUAGCUUGUCUUGUAGCUUCAGUGAUAUCAAACUUCUUCAAGUAGGAGCUAGAUAGAAAGCUGUUUAGUUUUUGCCAGCGUAUGUAAAACAAGACUUUUCUAUCUGCAUUGUAGAUUGUUUGUGGACACUUCCAGAUUCUUGUGCUUUCUGCAGUCAUUCUGGGGACUGAACUCUCAUUGAUACUGAAAGAGGUUCCGUGAUCAGGACACGGGCAGGAAUUUGAGUGUAGAAGAGCCCACAGUGUGGUUUGGAGUAGUGAGUUGCUUUUAGUUUGGAGAUGACUGGGGCAGAUGGGAAGAGCAACUGUACAUUAAGGGAACAAUUACAGAUCUUCCUGGCGACAUCAAUGAGAGAUUUGCCUUCAACCUUUCACAGAAGAUUUUUUUAGCUUUAAUUUGGGACAAUAAAGGGGUUUUUCAAAAGCACUAAAAGCCAGUGGGAGCUCGCUAGCUGCUCCUUAUGCCUUUAAAAACCCCUACACCAAAAGUGAUAGCUAAGAACAUGAAAUGGAAGUAAAUAAAAUGCAUUUUCAUUGCUGUUUUGAGUUACAUAAUUCUUGUUUCUUGAUUUGUUAGUUGAUAUGAAUUUACAUGGAUUUAAUCUAUAUGGUGACCAAGAAAAUGGUGAGUAACUGGUGAAGAUGCCAAGUAUAGCCACAAGUGAUGUGUAGGUGUAGACCCUAAGCAGCCAACAAUGACAGGUAACAAUUUCACUGCCUACAAGCCCUUAAGUCUCCUGUGUCCACACCCAGCAAGGCAGAUGGGCAGUGCAAGCAUUUACCAGCACACAACACGUGCUCCCAGCUAAAGGCACGACCUCAAGGACACCCAGGACCCAGUCACAGGUAACCCACAGCCAUCACCCAACCUGCAUGGAGCACAGAGCACAUUCCCACAACAUUGUUCACAACACUGGAGCAGGAAUUCCUGUAGCACCAGGUCAGCUUGUACAGGGCAGUUGCACCUGGACAGUCAUAUCCCUCUCAAUUCUCUCUGGCAGUAGCUGCAGUAGGAGUGGCAGUGAAGCAAGAAUCUAACAGAGGUUUUUGGAUCUACUCAGGGCACCGAAAAUGACUCCAGUCUGUGUUCUCUAAGAUCAAGGCCACAGAGAGCCCUGAUAUCAUCUGUUUGAUAUCGUGGUCAGGCUCUUCAUUUCAUCUAAGACGCCCACACAGAACCCAGCAACCUGUCUGGGGCUAAAGUAUUUCCUCCAGAAAUGAUCUGUUACAUCAAAAAAAAGGCAUUAAGGUGAUGGGGAUUACAUCACUGGCCUGGUUAGGAUUAACCAGUCUCACCAAUAAAAACCCACAGCUUGCUUGUUUGAGUUUGUGUAGCUUCAGCUUCUACCCAUUGGAUGGAUGUUUGUACAUGUUUCUCUGUUCAGUUUAAGAACUUGUUAAUAGAAAGUGUCUCCUCCCUAUAAAGGAAUCUGGUUGCCUCUUGAUCCUCAUUGUAAGCUGAACAGACUCAGCUGUAAACCAUCCUUUUCCUCUUGGAAAUAAUUUUUUAUGGCUCUCUACUGCACAGCCUCUGUUUUUUUUAACAUCUCAAGAAAAUGGAAACUGAGGAAUAGUUUUUAAUGGAUCUCGCAGUGGCAUAUGCAGAUAUCAAAAUAAUAAUCCUUUUAUUCAUUGCCCUGCUCUCCGUGGGAUGUGCCUGAGAUAGUUUAAAGAAAGAGACUGAAAAGGGGGAAGAGAAGAAAGAAGACAAGAGGAGUGUGCAGAGUUAGAGUUUUACAGUUAAAACCAUGUAAACCAAGAAAAAA